UACUAUGAGAAAAAAGUCGUGUAUGAAGCGUCGAUAAAUCGAGAAAGGAUAAAUGAAUAUUCGAGUAUUGCUUUUCCGUCAAACUUGUGUCGACAGUCACAGAGAGAUGAUCUGUCUCGUGACUCAACAUUUUAACAUCAACCGAAUUCUGUUGCUUAUCAUUGGCUUGUGGCCUUAUCAGCGAUCGCCACUAGUUGAAUUUCAAUUAAUUAUACUUUACGGUACUCUGAUGACUUUUAUCGUAUUUCAGUUAACAUCAUUUACAACAUCGGAAUGCACUCUGAAUCUUAUCUAUACAGUUUUAUCUUCUGCAUUCUUUUUCAUUUGUUUGGCGAUUAAAUACAAUUCAUUUUGGAUUAACGCCGAUAUUUUAAAAAGUUCGCUGAAGCAACUUCAAGAUGUGUGUAAUGAGAUAACAGACAAAAAUGAAAUCGCUAUCAUAGAAAAGUAUGGACGCAAAGCGAAACGUAUUACGAUUGCAUUAAUAUUACUUGGCGUAUGCUAUCAAUUUAUUUUUAUUUUGCUAUAUAUUUGGCCGUACAUUCAUCACAUUAUGGUUCUCACAAACAAAUCUCGAUCACAUGCUUCGGUGCAUAUUAUGACAGAAUAUUUUAUUGAUCAAGAAAAAUAUUCCUAUUUAAUUAUGCUGCAUAGACACGCAGCAUGUUGCAUAGGCUCAUUGGCAAUGGUAGCGACAGGAACUAUGCUCAUAACAUAUCUUCAACAUACUUGUGCAAUGUUUAAUAUCGCCUGCUACCGUAUCGAGCAGGCAAUUGGUAUUUCACAAAAGACUAGUUUUAAAAAUGAGGAAAACAGUUGUAAGCAGAUAAUUCGUGCUGUAAACAUUCAUUGUAACGCUAUAAAGCUUAGCAAUUUUUUAAUAUCCAAUUUUGAGGGAUCGUUCUUUUGCUUGAUAGCGGCUGGUAUGGUUUGUUUGUGCUGUAAUCUUCUUCGGGUCGUGUCAUAUACCGAUAACAUUGGGCAACUUAUACUAUCUCUAAAUAUUUUAAUUAUUCUCUAUUUGUACUUGUUUCUAUCCAAUUAUACUGCACAAAAAAUUACAGAUCACAAUGAAUAUGUGUUUGUAACAAUAUAUAAUGUCCGUUGGUACAUGGCUCCAAUACGUAUACAGAAAAUGAUACUUUUUCUGCUGCAAAGGGGUAAUAAAAGUUUCCAUCUGAUUCUUGGUGGAGUAUUUGUAGCGUCCUUGCAAAGUGCCGCUUCGCUGACGAGUACUUCUAUAUCAUACUUCACUGUUCUUUAUUCUACCCGGCAAGAUUAAAAGUACCAUCAUACCAAAGUAAUUCUCAAUUAUUUUAAGUCCAAUGAACACGUACUGAUUGUCCGUGAAAGGUUCAGAUAUAGCAUUAUACAUAUUAUUCUCGUAGAAAAAGAAUCUCUAUUUUUAAUCAAAGAAAUUA